AGUACCUUUCCUGUGGGGCUCAUUUCACGCUUGUAAUGAUGACUUGUUUUCUUAAUUGUGAGUUGACUACAGUGGGAAUGACAGCAAGGAUUGCAGGUCCUCAUAAUCACUGAGGGCGUGGCAAAUUUCUACGUAUAAAAGUUACACUCGAGCCCUCUCGUUUCUGAGCAGUGACUAAAAUAUAUUCCACAUGCGGCAGAAGAGCUCCGCAGCCAAUCUGUCUGAACAAGUGAAGAUAAGAGCUGGACCAAAAGGUACAUCACUGAAGCUCUGGGCUGAAGAGGAUGAGUGGCUGAAUCUGGAUGAGCAGUCCGAACUUUUCCUGAGUCCCCAGUCUCAGAUAGCAAAGCUCUGGAAAAGACCCCGCCCUUCUGCUCUGUCUAGGAUGACCAUGAAGUGGAUUAUCCAGGCACAGAAUGCCUUAGAUGAGAAUGGCUGCUGAGAACUCCUCCGUGACAGAGUUUAUCCUCACAGGCUUAACCAACCAGCCGGGAUUCCAGAUCCCCCUCUUCUUCCUGUUUCUAGGUUUCUACGUGGUCACUGUGGUGGGGAACCUGGGCUUGAUAACCCUGAUUGGGCUCAACUCUCACCUGCACACCCCUAUGUACUUCUUCCUCUAUAACUUGUCCUUCAUAGACUUCUGCUAUUCCAGUGUUAUCACUCCCAAAAUGCUGAUGAGUUUUGUCUCAAAGAAGAACAGCAUCUCCUACGCUGGGUGUAUGACUCAGCUCUUCUUCUUUCUUUUCUUUGUUGUCUCUGAGUCCUUCAUCCUGACAGUGAUGGCGUAUGACCGCUACGUGGCCAUUUGUAACCCACUGCUGUACAGGGUCACCAUGUCUCCCCAGGCAUGUUUACUCCUUUUGUUGGGUGUCUAUGGGAUGGGGUUUGCUGGGGCUACAGCCCACACAGCAUGCAUGAUGGGUGUGACCUUCUGUGCCAAUAAUGUUGUCAACCACUACAUGUGUGACAUCCUUCCCCUUCUUGAGCACGCUUGCAGCAGCACCUAUGUGAACCAGCUGGUAGUGUUUGUUGUUGUGGGCAUUGAUAUUGGCAUGCCCACAGUCACCAUCUUCAUUUCCUAUUCUCUCAUUCUCUCCAGCAUCCUCCAUAUUCAUUCCAUGGAGGGCAAGUCCAAAGCCUUCAGCACCUGCAGCUCCCACAUAAUUGCAGUUUCUCUGUUCUUUGGGUCAGGGGCAUUCAUGUAUCUCAAGCCCUCAUCUAUUUUACCUAUGAAUCAGGGCAAAGUGUCUUCCCUGUUCUAUACCACUGUGGUGCCCAUGCUCAAUCCAUUAAUUUAUAGCCUGAGGAAUAAGGAUGUCAAAGUUGCUCUAAAGAAAACCUUGAACACAUAUUCAUUCUCCUGAGAAAAAAGCAAUGCUCAGGAAAAAAACAUUGUUUCUCUCAUAGUGAUUAGUUACCUGGAAGAAAUAUAAUAUUUCCUCAAACAAAUUCAUCAUCCCCAUUUUGAGGGUUUUUUUUUUGAGAUGGAGUUUCACUCUUGUUACCCAGGCUGUAGUGCAAUGGCACAAUCUCAGCUCACCACAACCUCCGCCUUCUGGGUUCAAGCAAUUCUCCUGCCUCAGCCUCCCGAGUAGCUGGGAUUACAGGUGCGUGCCACCAUGCCCAGCUAAUUUUUGUAUUUUUGGUAGAGGCAGGGUUUCACCAUGUUGACCAGGAUGGUCUCGAUCUCUUGACCUCAUGAUCCACCCGCCUCGGUCUCCCAAAGUACUGGGAUUAUAGGCGUGAGCUACCACGCCCGGCCCUGAGGAUUCUUUAAUUUACAAAUAUUCUUAAGAGCUUCGAAUACUCACAUAGUAAGUCUUGAAACUCAUUUCACUCAGUUCCUCCCUAUUUCUGAGGAUAGACUCUGGCAUAUAUACCUUCCCCGAGGUCGCUCAGCUCCUCAGCAGUGGAACUGAGACUAAAAUUCAGGCUCUUUGUUUUCUGUACUGGCUGCCUUUCAUUAUGGCUCACUUUCUUCCUCCCUCAGGCUCUGGAAGAUUUCACUUCAAAUGUGAGCUGGACUAGGAUGUUAAAAUCAGAUUCUGUCCUCAGAAAUUACAUGCAAUUUUUCAAAGGCGAAUUUUAAAUGUCGCAUUUUUGCAAGUAAGUAGGAAGUUUGUAGAAUUUUUUGUUGAUAUGGCCUUGCCAAACAGCCAGGGAAAUUCUUGAAGCAUUUUGCAGAAAGUGCAGGGGAAGUGUGUUAGGACCCAGGGAGCAGCAUGCAUGGUACCUUUUAAGACAGUGGGGUGGAGCUUCCGGGACCUGGACUUGAAGGGUUUUGCUGAUGCUGGGUGGAAGAACUUACAGAAAAUGUCAGAGUUAUGAAGAACAGAAUUUGGGAAUUAUUUCACAUGCAAUCACAUGCAAUCACUGCCCUGUUUUCAAAAUUCAAGGUGGGGACCAGGUACAGUGGCUCAUGCCUUUAAUCCCAUCUACUCAGGAGACUGAGGGAGAAGAAUCACUUGAACCCAGGAGGUGGAGGUUGCAGCCAGCCAAGAUUAUGCCACUGCACUCCAGCCUGGGCAACGGAGUGAGACUCCAUCUCAAAAAAAAAAAAAAAAAAAAAAAAAUCAAGAUGGAGAAGUCCACAGCCUGGGGUGGUCAGUUAGGAUCUGGAGAACAUUUCAGAACCACAGAGAACCAUGUGUUACAAGUCAGUAGUCAGGUUAGACCCAUACAACCAUCAGUCAGUGGAGGGAAUGACCACUGAAUGGUAUAAUGCUGCAUGGGACAGAAACCAUGUGGGGUGUAGGGAGCAGUGGCCAUUUUGAGCGUCAUGAUAGCCGUCUUGUGAUCUUGUUGCUCAAGCUUCUGCUUCUCUUAUCUAAGUUUCACGUUCUUCUUAGUCACGAGGCCAGCCGGCAGCCUCGUCUCCAUGAUUACUUUCUGACCUCAGAACUCAGAACUCUUUGCUUGCUUAUAAGCAGCUGCUUUGUGCCUAAUAAACGAGACUUGAUCAGA